UCUUUCAAAUAUGGAAACUACUGUAACUCCCAUAAAUGAAAUCUCUAAUUUUGGGAAUGAGAUGGGACUGAGUUUUUCAACUUCUCAAAAGAAUUUUCAUCUAAAUUUUAAAGACAAACGGUAAUUUAGAGCAUUGGAUAGAAUGCUCUAACGUAUCUCCGAGCCGCCCCUCAUAUCAGAAGCGCAUGCAGAAUAGACCAGAGGGCAGAACUCACGAACUCGACGGGUUAAUCGAACAAUCAGACCAACCCAGUUCAAGCUGACUCAGGAAAACUUGGUGAGUCUGUUAUGUUGGGUUUUUACUGUUCAAGGCAGCUGCUACUACUCAAAUGCAGGAUGACCCAAUUGGGUUUUCUUCGGCAAAACGGUUUCUUUAUUGUUAAAUCAUUUACUUCAGUCGCUAUAUCUCAUUCUAGUGAAGGACCAGAAGAAGGAAAACAUUCUUUUACUAUCUCUUACCUCAUAAACUCUUGUGGGUUGUCCACAAAAUCUGCUAUUUUAGCAUCCAAAAGGUUACACUUUGAAAGACCAGUGAAACCAGAUUCCGUGCUUCAUCUUCUCAAAGAGAAUGGGUUCACCAACAGCCAAAUCUCCCAACUUGUCAGGAUACAACCAUCGUUGCUGUUGUGUGAUCCUAAGAAGAUCCUGUUGCCCAAGAUUGAGUUUUUCCGUUCUAUUGGGUUUUCAUGCUCCGACCUCCCUAGGAUCCUAUCUUCAAACCCUUCUCUGUUGGGUAGGAGCUUAGAGAAACGUCUUAUCCCCUGUUUGGAUUUCCUCAAGAGCGUAGUUCUUGAGGAUGAGAAAGUUGUUUUAAUUGUCAAGCGCGCACCGCGGGUUAUUCAAUUUGAUCUAAGAAAUAAUAUGAUACCUAACAUUGAACUUUUAAGACAACUAGGAGUGCCUCAAUCUUCUAUCACUUACUUGGUUACUAAUUCUCCCUCUUCAGUGCUCAUUCAGCAUACUAGGUUUGCUGAGGCUGUCCUCGAGGUAAAGGAAAUGGGAUUUAAUCCCUCGAAAAUUGUUUUUGUUGUAGCAAUCCAUGCAUUCACGAAGACCACUAAAUCAAAGCUGGAAUCAAAAUUGGAGCUUUAUAAGAGGUGGGGUUGGUCGAAAGAGAUUGCCCUCCUAGCCUUUAAAAGGCAUCCAAAUUGUAUGCUUUUAUCAGAUGAGAAGAUCACAAAAACAAUGGACUUCCUUGUAAACGAAAUGAGUCGGUCAUCAUUAAAUAUUUCCAGAAAUCCUACAGUGAUAAAUUGCAGCUUGGAGAAGAGGAUUAUACCUAGAUGUUCAGUUAUUCAGAUUUUGCUAGCCAAGGGAUUGGUUAAGAGUGAUUUGUCCUCGUCAUCUUUCAUACUACCUGGUGAGAGGUGCUUUCUGGAUAAGUUUGUGAUCAAAUUUCAAGAUGUUGUUCCUGAACUGCAGAAUGUGUAUCGGGCUAAGAUGCAUCUUUCUGGACUUGGGAAUGCCGUCUAAGAAGGUAUAUGGGGUGGAAAACCUGUAGCAUUUGGAAUUUUAGAUAGAGUCACUGAAUGCUUUUUUCUUUUUUCUCAGUCCAAAUGAUUGUAUCGUAACAAUCUUCUCAAGCCUUUUAAUGUCGUUGGUUCCAAGUUCUCAAGGCACAAUACGCUGUGUACUCAGUGAAUAUGCUAUUUCUAUUCACAUGAAUUAGUCUGUUAUUAUAUUUUAUUAAAAUGGAGUCUGUGGAUAAUUUGUUUUUCUUUUAACAAGAUCAUCCUUGCAGCA